GAGGGGGGAGAGAGAGGGAUCAACUGUAUCCUUGGACAUCCAGGUCUCCAAUGUAUCGAAAAUGUUUUGAGUCUUGUGUGUCCCACAACCUCAGAUAGAUAUUUUUCUUUUUUGAAAAACCUGCUUGGCAGUGUUAUCGUUAUCUUUUUUUUCUUCCCUUUGAUGACUGCCCAUGUUUCCUUGGACAGACAGAACAGCAACAUGUACUUAUUGAAGAUGGUGUCUCAUGUGACACGGAUGCCACUGAUUUAUCUCACUCCUCAGUCUUUUAUCUCAGUUGUCUUCAGUAUUAUUUGGAUAUCCUGUUUUCCUUCACGCCUCUUCUUCCGUACCCAUAGCUGAAUCAGCAUUGUUAUCAUAAUCCUUGAAGGCUUGUUUCCGAUUAUAAUUCACCCUAACAAGCUUGCUUUCCUUCUUUUGCUUUGCCAACUUUGAUGAAUUUUGCUUCUCCACCUUCACAGUUCACUUUCUCUUCAUAGUUUCAUUUGCCUUUCUCCUCACAUUGCUGACUGCACAUCUGUGCUUGAGAUGCCACACCAUAAGAGAUAAAGUAUAACUUUAUACUCCACGGAAUUACGUGGGGAUAGAGUAAGGCCACUGCAUCAGAAAGCUCCAGUUGUGCAGUUUAUAAAUUAUUAACUUGAUUGUUCCCUGCCCUCCAGCAUAAAAUUUAAUAAAACACAAAGAAGAGGAGGUGGUAGUAGCUUGAGGGAAUUACGUGGGAAAUGGCAACAGGCCUGCAUUGAUUUCUUCUUAUUGUGUAACUUAUAGUGACUGGAUGAUUUAGAACUUUAUCACACAAGGCAGACAAAAUAGUGUUCCUUCUCUUCUGACUCUGCCACCUCCCAACCACUUUCUCUAUUUCCAGCUUCGUAUAGAAACGCUUCCACAUCCCUGUCACACCUCAGACUAAGUUCACCUUGCUAUAGAUACCCAGUCAGACACACAGAUAGUCUUUUGAAGUUUUUAUUAAGCAAAGCAAAAUGUAAAUCAAGCAAGCAAUCAAAAGGUAAUUCAAAUUUGUAGUGAAAGAGUCAAUAUGUCCAAGAGAUUCACAAAGUUCAUAAAUGUCUAUUAAUCCAAAAGGGCUAAGUCCAUAGGUUCAAAGAGCAUAGUAGGAACAAUAAUCCAUAAGGCAAAGAAUUAGUCCAUUGAGUCCAAAGCACAAGAUCCAAGAAUCCAAGAUAAUCCACAAGGCGAGGAAUUAGUCCAUAGAGUCCAAGAACAAGGUCCCAGAAUCCACGAUAAACCACAAGGCAAAGAGUCCAAAGAACAAGGCCCAAAGAUCCAAGAACGCUGGUUAGGUAGAACUUCCUCACAGAUGAAGUGAUGAAAUUGCACUGACAAAGAAUAGUCUGUGAAAGCAUGCUUUAAUAACAACUUAGGAAUGCAUUCCUCUUCCCACAGCUAGAUUCACGUUUGCACACCAAACGCUCACUUCUACGGACCUGGGAACCCAUCCAAGACAAACGGUCCUCUCUAGAUAACUCUUCGUUAUCUUGCACCUGAUCAGAAGCUAAACCGUCAUCCUUAUUAUUUUCCAAGGCUGAAGUCUCUCCCUCAAUAUUUCUCAUGUCAGCUUGACCGUUAUCUGUUUCUCCUGGAAUCAGCAGCUCAUCCUGCAACUGCAUGUCUGAGCUAACCUCUGCCUCAGACUGCUGAUCUUGAAUCCUAAAACCAGAAUCUCCAAAAACUCCUCCAUCUUCAUCCAGAAUCUGGCCAGCCUGUGGCUGGGAUACAACAAUCCCCUUCCUCCAUCCUCUCAAGGCCUUUGUUAACUACUUCCCAGUCUCCUGGCUGUUCUCCGAUGUCAUCAUUGACCUCGUCUUCCCCUCGCUAUGUCCACUGCCUCUGUUCCUCAACUCCUCAGCUUAUCUCUGUCUCUUGCAUACUCUCUGUUCCAUCCCAAUUCCCUUCCAUUCUCUCUGCUCACUUGUUGUGACUCAACCUUUGUGUGACUCUGAUGAGGAUUCUGGGAUGCAAGUGCAUGAUGAUGGGAUUCAGUUUCAGGAUGAGAUUCAAGAUGAGUUUCAAGAUGACUCUGAUGGAAAUUAUGGGAUUCAGGUGCAGAGUGUUCCUCCUGUGGGAGAUGAAGAGCAGGGAGGCUUUCCCACAGGAAGAAAUGAUGUUGUUACUGAUGAUGGUUUUCAGGUGCAAGAAGCUGAAAGGGAGAGCAGCUGCCAGCCUCAGCCUGAUAAAACUAACGAGCCCUGUGGCCUUGACGAUGAGGCCGCUUCUUCUCUAGAUCGGGCUAGUCGUUUGGAAUUUCGGGGGUUGCGCAGAAGUCCCAGAAUAGCAAAUAAGAGGGAGGUCAAAGGGCAAAUAAAUGCCUUCAUGUCAUGCUAUUAAAACAGUCUGCUAAGAGGGAAAUCUUCGUCAAAGCAAUUUCCUCACUUGAAUCAAGAACCAAGUCUGCUUUCCUAUAUUAUCUUGUAUCCUGAUAUAUUCUCGUUUCUGGGACUUUGGCUUCUUUUGAAAGGACCUUGUUUCAUGCCUAAUGAUUCUAUGGACUUGUUUCUUAGAGUCUUGUUUUUGUAACUAUCUUUUGGAACUGAACUUUUAUUAACUAUCUUUUCCCUAAUAAACUACAAAAGACUACGUUCUGUGUGCAGCCUGGUGUCUUUAGCAAGGUGAAGUUAACCUGAGGUGCGACAUCACUCCUCUCUGCCCCAAGUCUUUCCCCUCCCAACUGUCUUCUUUGUGUCUUUCUCCUCUAUCCUUUUGAACCCUUUGGUGCCCCCCAUUGCAUUGUCUUGGCAUUCAUCACUUUCCACUAUGUUGGGAAUUGUGAAAUAUAUGUCCCGGUGUGUGGACAACGCCCCAACAUCCUGCUGAUGUCAAGGUAUGUGCAAACGGCUGCAGGAGGCACCCCAAUACCUCUGCCGCAUUGUCACAGUUGGCUUCUAACGACAAGAUUUUUGAUCAGUGAAUGCAUCUAUAUCUAUAUAUCUCUGUAAAACACCUCCUUACACUAAUUGAUAUGAUGCAAGAAAGCUUGCUGUUUACCUCCUUAAUAUGAAAUAUAUAAACAGCUGGUAGUGGAAGAACCAGAAUGAAGACAGUGGGCAGCAUCUCAAAGGAAAGAAAAACAUGUUGGAGUAUCCUCUUCCACCUAUCCAGAUGUCCUAGAAAAAGGCAAGGAGAGCAAAAGCAAAGGCAGGAGAAGGAUGGGAGAGUUCUGGGAAAUUUUGAUGACUCUGUUAGUGAGUCUCAUAUUCCUGCAUUAUGUGAAACAGCUCUGGUCCAGAAGAAACUACCCACCAGGACCACUCCAACUUCCCAUCAUUGGAGGAAUAUGGCUGAUAGGAGCUGGAGUUUCUCAUGACAUUUUCAUCAAGCUGGCAAAGCGAUAUGGGAAUAUUUACACUGUCUGGUUAGGGCAAAAGCCUAUCGUAGUUUUGUCUGGAUACCAAGCUGUGAAAGAAGCAAUGAUCGAUCGCAAAGAUGACUUUACAGACCGACCAGUUGCAGCCGUAAUUAAAACAGCACUGGAGAACUUGGGUCUGGGUAUUAUAUUUUCAAGUGGUGAUGUCUGGAAGCAGCACAGACAGUUUGCUCUAGUGACUCUGCGUAAGAUGGGGAUGGGAAGGCAACACCUGGAGAUUCUGGUGGAAGCAGAGGCUGGCUACCUUGUGGAAUAUUUUGCUUCUACAAAAGGGCAGCCUUUUGAACCUUUUCUACCCAUCACUAAUGCCGUGUCCAAUGUGAUAAAUGGUAUAGCUUUUGGAUCCCGAUAUUCCAUUGACGAUGAAGUGUUCCAGCAAAGGCUAGAAAACAUAGAUUUCAUUACAAAAUACGGAACUUCUAUAACUGCAAUUUUUUAUGAAACCUUGCCAUGGUUGAUGAACUACCUUCCUGGGCGUCACCAGAAAGCAUUUGAUAUUAUCAGGAAAGAGCUUUCUUUUGCAAUGGGAGAGAUAGAGAAACACAAGGAUGAACAAAAAUCUGAACCACAGGAUAUUGUGGACUAUUACCAACUUCAGAUGGAAAAAAGCAAGGGCAAUCCUAGUUCUACCUAUAAUAAAAAUAACUUGGCUCACUGUAUUAUUGACUUAUUUGCUGCGGGAUUGGAGACCACUGCCACUAGCUUGCAAUGGGCACUACUCUUACUGGUGGCUUAUCCAGAUGUCCAAGAUAAGGUCUACAAGGAGAUAGAAGACGUUUUUGGGUCUUCCCAAACAAUCCGCUACCAGGAUCAGAAGAAAUUGCCCUACACAAAUGCAGUGAUUCAUGAGAUCCUUCGUGCCCAAUAUGUGUUUCUCUUUGGGCUUCCAAGAGAAUGUGUGAAGGAUGUGAAGAUUCGUGGUUAUCUCAUACCAAAGGGGACUUUUAUCAUUCCAGAUCUACGCUCCGUUCUUCUUGAUUCCGAGCGAUGGGAGACACCUGAACAAUUCAACCCACAUCAUUUUCUAGACAAGGAGGGACGUUUUAGAAAUAGAGAAGAAUUUCUGCCAUUUGGAAUAGGUGCUCGGGUGUGCCUGGGAGAGCACAUGGCCAAGAUGGAGCUCUUUGUUUUCUGUACUCACCUGUUGAGGAUGUUCAGAUUUCAGCUUCCAGAAGGAGUGAAGGAACUCAAUCAAGAGCCUCUGAUAGGUUUCACAAUGCACCCUAAACCAUAUAAAAUUUGUGCCAUUCCCCGCUGUAGUUCAUCAUAAGACAAAUUUACAAUGCCUUUACUAAUUAAU